AUGUUAACAAUGGGCGAAGAAUCUCCAUGCGUGGCCUGCGUCAUCACGUACAUUGGCCAAGGACCAACCAUUUCCACAGAACCCUCUGCUUUGGACUUUGGCGAAGUCCGAGUUCUCGAGGAACAGGUAAUGGACUUGCUAGUGAUCAACGAUUCACCGAUACCAGCUCACUUCAAGGCAGCCAUGCACAAAAGGAAGUCACCGUGGAGCGUUAGGCCAGAGGCAGUCGACCUGAAACCGAACGAAUCGAUGAAGAUCGAAGUCAAAUUAUACCUUCGUGACGCGGGGAAGUAUAAUGACAGGGUCGUCUUACAAAUCGUUAACAGUCGAACCGUUACUGUAGAUUUGAGGACGAUAGGGGUCGGCUGCAGCGUCGUUUUCGACCCACAAAUAUUCCCCAUUUACGACUUGGGUCUCCUUUUCAGCCACCAAAAGAUACGUAGAGAGAUAACGCUAACGAACCACGGAAGUUAUCAGUACCAGAUAAUUUGGUCGACCAAACAGGAAAUACAGCUCAGCAGGAGUCUGACCGUCCAGGGACAAACCUCGAAGUUUCAUAUUCAACCUCUGAUACUGGAAGUUCCCCCUGGAGAGACGAGGGAGGUACGAUGCGAACUUCUGUGGGAGGAGAACGAGUGUCUCCUAGAGGACUGGCACAUUUUUGGACAGAUACAAGGAAUUGGAAGACGCGAACUAAUCGGCACUUCCACUUUCAAAGUGACUCUAACCGAACCACAGGUUUCGUUCAACAAACGUGAAUUAUCGUUUCGCGCUGACGUCUGUCCAGAUGGUGAUAGAUUGCAGCUGACAGACGAAUUGUUAGUAACAAAUCGCUCGAAGCUGAACCUGAACGUGCAACUUUCUGUCAAAUCACCGUUUCGCUUGGUGACCAACGCGAAUGAGCACGUGCAAAACAUGAGGAUCGUUUUAAUCGACGAAGCCACUACGACGAUUCGUGUGUACUUCUCUUUCGACAUCGAGGGAAACGAUCUCUAUUCGCGAAGCUACGCUGGAACGAUUCAGUUUGAAUACGACGAACAUCCUAAUCGAGACAAAAUCGAGUGCAGGGGUUUCGUUAAUUUGCCGAAUUUGGUCCUGGAUCCCAGGGAUUUCGCUGUUAAUUGCGAACUUGGCUCGAGCGUCGAGAAAAUAUUGACGUUGACCAAUAAUGGGCCCGUAUCGGUCGUGUACAAAUUCCUGUGGUCGGAGGAUUCCAUCGAGAUAGAACGCGACACGCAUAGCGAUUGCGGAUGCAUGUUGCAAUCACCAAGCCACGAGGAAUCAGUAAGCGACAGGCAAGAUGGAAGCAGAGACGGGCCACUUCAGUCAAUACCGCCACCUACAAAUUCGCUUGUUUCGGUGACCCACCCGCAGAAGCUCGAAUCAGAGAAUGUAUUAGACGAUGUGAAUGAAAAUUUGCGAGAGAAUUGCUCGGUGUCCAACGAAGAAGUGAGAGAAUUUUUACUGCCAAUGGUUAGCGAGUACUUUGAAGAGGAGACGGAUCUCGCUGCGUUCGAGAUCAUGAGAUGCGAGCCUCGAAGAAAUCAUUUCAUCAAUGAGGUGCUAGAAAUCGUUCCAACCGAGGGCACCGUGCUUCCAUUCACCGUGCAACACGUUCAUGUAGGAUUUCACGGUUUCAAACCUCUCAGCGUGAAAGCCACGGCCAUUUGCAAAAUCCUCCGCGGCCCCACCGAAGAAAUUCAGAUACUAGCGCGUGCAGACGCCAUCCAAUUUUCGAUAGACUCUCGCGUGAUCGAUUUCGGCCAACAGCUAUUUAUGGAAUCCGGCCGGAGAAGUUUCACCUUACGAAACCAAAGUGGAGUAGCGUUCGAAUAUAAAAUAACGGAUUCGGUAUCCGACGUCGACGAUGGGAUCGAUCGUUUCGAUAUAAAUCCGCUGAAAGUCGAGCCAAACGCGGGAUCCGUGGACGCUCAGUCAUUCGUGGAAUUCAACGUAGAGCAUCGCUCGACGAUCCUUGGCCCCAUCGAACACCAAUUUCAACUGGAGAUUGGCCACUUAAUGCCUGUGACAAUAACAGUGAAAGCUUUUGGAAGUUUCCCUCAAGUUUUUCCCUGUAUCUCGCGAGGAAGCAUGCACCAGGACCAUUCUAUCGAAUUGGAGUACUCUGCCAUCCAAUCACUGACCACCGAGUUCAUCGUUGACACUGUUCCAAGACUAUGCGAGUCGACUGAGAGGAAGGAAGACUUGCACUCGAAGGACAUUGAAAUAUUAACAGCCGAGGAAUGGAGCAUCGUUUCCUACGACGAGCUAUUACCAAGGAUCGUGGACAUAGAAAUGUCUGUGGAGAGACAUUUGGCAAAGAGAUUCGUCGACUCGAAUUCAUACAUCUUGAUGCAGCGCAAGGAAACUCGCAAAAAAGAACCGAUUCUUCAUCUCCUUUCUUCCGAGUAUGUUAUCGAUAUGGGGCACGUGAUCGUGGAACUUUCCGCUCAUUGCUCCGCCAUGAUAAUUAACUACGGCCCUUGGAACGUGGAAAUGCGAAUGAAAAAAUUGAAGAAGAAGAACGCCCUGGCGAAAUCUGGCAUCUCGGUGCAAUUCGAGAAACACGCGAAGUUAAUGGCCGGCGAUUGCGCUGUUCUUCGCGUAACAUGGCAUCCGAGUCGAGAGAUCUAUAAAGAGAGAAUCACGCGAGUCGUGCACGCCAUUUACAUAGAGGUGAUACACGGAUGCACGAUCCCUGUGACCAUAAAAGGAACAGUGACCUACCCCUUCGUCACGUCGAACAUCAAAUCCUUGGACUUUCGUGACGUCGUCGUGGGGGAGUGCUUGAUCAUGAACAUCUUGAUAAAAAACGAGUAA